GGUUCUGCCGACGUCACGGGCGGAGUGCGCGGAUUCAAACCCGGGAGCAGCGGGCGCCAUGGUGGAGAAGGAAGAAACGGUGAUCAGUGAGGAGGAGGCGGCCCAGUAUGACCGGCAGAUCCGCCUGUGGGGGCUCGAGGCUCAGAAACGGCUGCGUGGCUCCCGGGUGCUGCUGGUGGGGUUAAAGGGACUGGGAGCUGAAGUGGCCAAAAAUCUUACGCUGGCAGGUGUCAAAGCGCUGACUCUCCUGGACCAUCAGCAGGCCACACCAGAGGAUGCGCGAUCUCAGUUCCUCAUUCCCACCAGCUCCUUGGGAAGAAAUCGGGCCGAAGCAUCUCUGGAGCGUGCGCAGAACCUGAACCCGAUGGUAGAGGUAAAGGUCGACACGGAGAACAUCAAAGACAAGACGCAGGAGUUCCUCGCCCAGUAUGAUGCAGUCUGUCUGACAUGCUGCCCACGUGAUGUGAUGGUCCGAAUUGAUCAGUUCUGCCGAUCGCAUAACAUCAAAUUCUUUGCUGGGGACGUCUUCGGUUACCAUGGUUAUAUGUUUUCUGAUUUGGGAGAGCACGAGUUUGUGGAAGAGAAGCAAAAGGUGGUUAAAGUUGGACUGGGUGAGGAAGAUGGACCUAAAGCUAAAAAAGUGAAGAUUGAUCCAAAUGAAACUACUUUGAUCAAAAAGGCAGUGAGUUUUUGCCACCUUAAAGAGGCGCUGGAAGUGGAUUGGAGCAGCGAAAAAGCAAAGAUGUGUCUGAAACGCACUCCAAGUGAUUAUUUUCUUCUACAAGUUCUGUUGAAAUUCCGAGCUGCUAAGGCCCGAGAUCCGAUGCCCGAGAACUACGAGGAAGAUUCAGAAUUGCUGCUGCAGCUGAGGAACGAUGUGUUGGAUUCUUUGGGGGUGAAGAGUGACCUACUUACAGAUGAGUUUGUCAGCUCCUGUUUCUCAGAGCUAGCACCAGUGUGCGCUGUUGUGGGCGGAGUGCUCAGCCAAGAAAUCGUAAAGGCCUUAUCUCAACGAGACCUCCCACACAACAACUUUUUCUUCUUUGAUGGGUUGAAAAGUAACGGGAUUGUUGACUGCAUUGGACGCAAAUGAAGAUCUGCGGAAGUUUGAAAAUGGCUAUCGAGUAUUGAACACUCAUCUACCCAACAAUCUCCGCAACUUCAGGCAGAAAGAUCACCAUUGAGUAUCAAAGCUUAAAAUGAGUCUGAACAAUGUUACCAAGCUAAUACAAAAUUAUUUUGUAAGAAACUGGAGAAAUUAGAAUUGACAACAUAAAUGGACAGCGAUGAAGGAAUCACUGUCUGAAAUUUCUACAUUGCAAAUAAAUGCAGUUAAAGCCACUUGCAUGCCAAUACUUAAAGUUACAGCUUAUCAGUAAUGCUGAUGUUAUCUCUUGCAGAUCUGGUUAUUAGCAUUUUAUCCUGCCCUGUUACUUGCGGUUGGAUUGACUAUAUAUUUCAGUGCUUGGCAUUGUUUAUAUCAACGGAUGUGUAUUCUCCUGCCCCACACGUUCAUGCAUGUACAUAUACACCCACUUGCAUCACUGAGGUUUUUAUAGGCAAUUCAAAUUUGAUAACAAUCUUAAUCAUUCAAUCCACCCAGCAUAACCCAAACAUUCCAGAGCAGCUAUGUUACUAUAAUAGUAACUCUGAAAACCAAUUAAUAGCCUUGAACACCUUCUUGGCGUGUGUUCCUCUUUCCUUAAUUCCCCCUCUCUCUCCAUUCUUCAGUGAACUCCAUUCUCUCUGGCUUCUGACUCUUGCUGGUGUUUUGUUGAAAACCAGCUCUAAAGGUUAGCGUCGUCUCAUUUGAAAUACUCAAAAUGUGAAUCAUCAUCACAUUUCACACAUCAACAUCACACGCCAUCACAUAGCUUGGCAUCAAUGCACAGUAAGCGUAUUCACUUCGACCGUUGCAUAAAGAUCCAUAAACUUUAGGAAGGGUCAAAUCGAGAAACUUGCCUGUUAUUCCUGGAACACUAAGAUAUCCCAUGAGCGAACUGACCUAUGCUGCUGAAUAUCAAAUCUGUUGAAGACUCUUUGGCCCCUUUGACUUUGCCAUUCUAGAUUACCAAGCCCUCUCUUCCUUUAAACGUUGCCUGAGCAGACAGUGCCCUAUCCAAAGGACAGUACCUGUUAGCAGUGCAGCAUUCUUAUUGUAAUGCACUGGGCUGUUAAUGGAUUAUUAACCUAGGCAUGACUCUGAGGUUUUAAAUCAAGAAUUAGAGGCUUGGAAGUCUUUCUUUCUCAGCAUACCAGAAGUAAAUACCUAUUGACAACAGCUCAUACAUGUAACUCUGUUUUAAUAAAUCUAUAUAAUUGUUCAUUGCCUUGAGGACCCUCAAAUAGUUGGGACAGUUAAAUUUCCCACCCCCAUGUUGCAUUGCAUUACUUCAUUCAUACUAAAAAGUUCCAUUUGCUAUAAUUGUAGCAACAGGACAUGAGGACCAACUGGUCCAUACUGGUGUUUAUGCUCCAGAUAGAAACAUCAUUUGUGUCUACCCUAUCAAACCCUUUCAUAAUUUUGAAGUCCUCUGUUUUCUUGGAGAAAAAAAAGAAUCUCAGCUUGUCCAGCCUUUCCUUCCUCUCAAUUCUGGGAUCAUCCUCAUAAAUAUUUUGCACCUUUGCCAGUUCUAGCUUCAGCCGCUUGUUCAGUGGGGAGCUACGAUUGACCCAAUCAUCCCUGUACCAUGGCUCAGUCCUGUUCCUGAUUAUUGGUGUCCAGUGAUUUUUACCACCCCCCCCAGCCCCCCUCCCCUGGUAGGUUAUAUGUAUAUGAUGCUCUGGGAAGGUCAGGAUUUGACCAGAAUGGACACUGUUCAGCAACAAAAACUUGCAUUUGUAUAGUACCUUUAACAUAGCACCAUAUCCCAGGGUGCUUCACAGGAACAUUAUCAAAUCAAAUUUUGAUACCAAGCCAAAUAAUGAGGUAUUAGGACAAGUGAUCAAAAUCUUUGUUUUUAAUUUAUUUAUGGGUGUCACUGAUGAGGCCAGCAUUUAUUGCUCACCCUGAUUGCCCUUGGGAAAAGUUCAAGCCACCACCUUGAACUGCUGCAGAACAUGUGGAGUAGUUUCACCCACAGUGCUGUUAGAGGGAAUUUCAGCAUUUUGACUCAGCAACAGUGAAAGAAUGGCAAUAUAGUUCCAAGUCAUGAUUUAAGGAGAGCCUUGAAGGGCAGUGAAGUUUAGAGAGAGAAUUGUAGAAGUUAGAGCUCAGGCAGCUGAAGGCACGGCUGCCAAUGGUUGGAAUGAUUAAAAUCAGGGAUGUGCAAGAAGCAAAAUUGAAGGAGUUCAGAGAUCUUGUAGGGCUGGAGGAGAUUUUUGAGAUAUAGAGGGGCAAGGCCGAGGUGGGAUUUAAACACAAGAGUGGGGAGAAUUUCUGAUUGAGUAACCUGCAGAAACUUGCUGGUUAAACUCUUGACUUAAUGAGUUACCAAACCAUGGCUGACAUCCUCGGGAAUGUAUUCCUAUUAGAGCAACUGCCUUUGACAGAGAGAAACUUAUCUCUGCUGUUGCAAUACGCUAUCCAUUGCCCUUUUAAUGUUAAUGGGCAGGUGGAAUUUCUUGAGAGCCCAGACCUGUUGGAUCACUCAACUGAAGCAGGAGAUUGGCCGUAUAGACGUUAACUUCCCACAUCUAGAGAUGCACAAGGCAGACAAAGCACACACUUGUUUUCUGUAGCAGGCCAGUAGCCUGAAGCUAUAACUUGUGGGGUGCCACUCUGCAUCAAGCUUGGCUGACCAGGGGUGUCUCCUCUUACUGCCUGCCAUAGGCAUGUUGGAAUGAUUGUCAGGUUGAAAAUCAACUUGUUUGGCCACGUUAUGAACUAGUCUUCCAUGGCCAUCAAGUCCUGGAGUGGGACUUGAACCCAGAGCUUCUGGGCUAGAGGUAGGGUGCUACCCACUCUGCCACAAGACCUCCCCUAGAUAUAAGAAUGGCUUUCAUUAUAAAUAAUAGGGCUACUGCACUGAGUUUUCCAGGAAACUGUUAGUUAAUUUGGGAAGCUAGAUACUGAAAACUGCACCAGCAAGCAAGCGAGUUAACCUUGGAAAAUCCUACUGGGCUUAGAGACCAACAGCAGCUGAUUUAAAAAAAAACAGCAAUAAUUGUUUACUGUUAAAUAAUUUGAAGUUCUGUGGGAAGCUAAAGAAGAAAUCUGUGCCACUUCGCUCAUUAACCUUGUUAUAGCAGGGGGUGAGAGUAUUAGUGUAUCCAAAGUUGGUUGAAGGUUUUCCUGUCCAAAUAGUUCUGCAUCCAGUAUUUCACAACUGUGUAAUGAUUUUGUAUUUUUUAUUUAAACACAAAAGGACCCACAAGUGACUGUCCAGGGUGUUAGUGUGAAAACAUUUCACGCUGUCUUUGCUAUUUUAAUAGAAUUGUUAACCGUUUAAACCUACCUAGGUUAAUGCCUUCUGCUGAUACAGCACAGUGGGGCUUUGAUAAGUUGAUACUUGCUCAGUAAUGUAAUUCUGUGACAUUUUUCAGGCAUGUAUUCCUUUUGCUUGAUGUGGUUGGUUGUAGACUAAAUGUGUUCUUUAGUUUUGCCUUAGCGAGCUAUUAAAAUUCAUAGUGUACUUUCUAAUUACACACACGUCGAAACUGAGGCAAACAAUGUUACAUUACCGUGCCUAAUUUACACAGUGUCAGGGUUCAAUUUGAGAAGUGACCUUUAAUUCCUAACCACCACAAUUCACUUCAUGGACAAGUUGUUCCUUCAGUUGAGUUUGACUUCGGCUAUAGUUUUGUGAAAACCUCUUAAUAUCUUGCUUAGUUUCUUCAAACAUUUUGUAAUCUUUUAGGGCAAUGUUUAUGCCUCUGUGAAUAGAGUUGGCCUUUUUAUUAAACACACACCUUUUACUUA